GAGCCUCGCAGUGUGGAGUGACGUCGCGAACCGGGUAUUUGACUCGGAAGCCACAACAGUGGUUCGAAAAAAGCGUGAGGAAAAGAAGAAAAUGAUCGACAGUAGCCUCGAAUUCACGCUCUAGAAACGGUGUCUCUCUCCAUCUCUCCGUUAAGACCGCCUGUGAGCUUCCAUAUGUUCACCUGUUAGUGAAAAAUACCGAGAAUUGUGAGGCACCUUGGCCACAACGAAGGAGAAAAGACGGAUUCGCUCACCGCCCCGGUCUUCUCAGCCGUUUCAGACGCGCCUCGGCUCGGCUCCCGCAUUACCGUGUGAAAUUAUGGAAAAUGCCAAAUCACCCGACCAAACAGGCGCUCCUACACACUACUCGAACGGGCUGCUGAACGGGUUUCAUCCGUCAAACGGAGGAGCUGGUGGAGGAGGAGGAGGCGGCAGCGCCAGUGGCACUAACUGUAGCGGUGGCCAUCAUGGUAUUGAAAAUUUCCACCAUCUUCAUCGUCCUGAUGUUCACAGCAAUGGCUCGCCUGCCAAACGCUGCAGACUCAGGAGACGGAUGGACUCGGGGAAGAAGAACAGACCACCCUUCCCUUGGUUUGGCAUGGAUAUUGGAGGCACUCUGGUGAAGCUGGUCUAUUUUGAGCCGAAAGACAUCACGGCCGAGGAAGAGCAGGAGGAGGUGGAGAGCCUGAAAAGCAUUCGCCGUUACCUUACUUCCAAUGUAGCCUAUGGCAACACGGGCAUCAGAGAUGUGCACCUGGAGCUAAAGAACCUCACAAUGUGUGGCCGCAAGGGCAACCUGCACUUCAUCCGUUUCCCCACGCAUGACAUGCAUAGCUUUAUCCAGAUGGGCCGUGACAAGAACUUCUCCAGCCUGCACACCACACUCUGUGCCACUGGAGGGGGAGCCUACAAGUUUGAGGAGGACUUCAGAAUGGUAGCUAAUCUGGAGCUGCAGAAGUUGGACGAGCUGGACUGUCUGAUUCAGGGUCUGCUGUAUGUCGACUCAGUUGGCUUCAACGGCCACCCCGAGUGCUACUUUUUCCAAAAUCCCUCUGACCCUGAAAACUGUGUCAAGCAGCCAUGUUGCCUUGACAACCCUUUUCCCAUGUUGCUGGUAAACAUUGGCUCAGGAGUGAGCAUCCUGGCAGUCUACUCUAAAGACGAUUACAAACGAGUCACAGGCACCAGUUUGGGAGGGGGCACUUUUCUUGGCCUCUGCUGCUUGCUGACUGGCUGUGAGACGUUUGAAGAGGCCCUAGAGAUGGCAGCAAAGGGUGACAGCACCAACGUUGACAAGCUGGUAAAGGACAUUUAUGGGGGAGAUUACGAGCGCUUUGGCCUUCAAGGAUCUGCUGUGGCAUCCAGUUUUGGUCAUAUGAUGAGCAAAGACAGACGUGAUAGCAUCAGCAAAGAGGACUUGGCCAGAGCUACUCUUGUCACGAUUACAAACAACAUUGGUUCCAUUGCCCGUAUGUGUGCUGUGAAUGAGAGAAUUGAAAGGGUUGUGUUUGUUGGAAAUUUCCUGCGAAUAAAUACAGUGUCAACAAAGCUGUUAGCAUAUGCCAUGGACUUUUGGUCAAAAGGACAACUGAAAGCCCUGUUUUUGGAACAUGAAGGUUAUUUUGGGGCUGUUGGUGCCUUCCUAGAGCUACUGAGGAUGACUGAAGACCUUUGAGGACCUCAAAAAAAAAAACACAAACAACAACAAAAAAAUACUUUCCAGAACCAGAAGCUGCUGUAAGAUGUCAGGAAAGCCUCCUCCCAUAACAAGCCAUUUGGAUAAUGUUUAAGAUAUUUAAGACAAUGCCUGUAUUCUCCUUCCCUGAUUUUAAGCUUAUUGCAAGCUUAAUCCUGAUUUGUGAAUGGGAUUUGGAGGUGAGUGUUAUGUAUUUACCACUAAGGAGGAAGCCUCUCAUGGUACAGUCUACCAUAAAGAAAAAUGAAGAUGCUUGUAUUAGUAGCCCGUGCCCUACAAGCCUAAAUUGACUAAUUUUGUUUUAAACUAAAUUGUUUGUUUUAAACUUCCAGCAAAUCACUUUUUGUGUUGUAUGUUUUAAACCAUUGACUUAGAACAUGGGUUAGACUCAAAGUCUGUUCUACAGUGCAUAAAUAUUUCAGUGAGAAUUUGGCUGAAUUAUUUAGUUGUUAAAUGUCUAAUAAGUAACAUUUUUUUAAAUUUGACUAGAUACGUGAUGACAAUGGUAAUGGAAAGGGCAAAACUGGAGGUAAUUCCUGUUCAGAUGAUGUAGAAAACCAAGUGAUCAACAAUUUGACAAGCGAUUACUCUGUAAUAUGCAGUAUACAACGAGGCAGGUGAUUCCACAACGCUAAUUUGUGAUCAUUACUAUGCACACUUUAGUAUGCUAAGCACUGUGGUCCAGCAGUAGUGUUCAUGAGAGACCUGGGUUUGAUCACCUGGUCAGAGAACCGGUGAAAUUUAAAUAUAGUACUUAUUCGACUUUUAAAUGGACUUUCUGAGAAUUCUGCAUCAUCAACCAGAUCAGUAAAUGGCCUUCAUAUUUUAAGAUUUUGCAGUAUUAGCCAGUUUGAUAGAGCCCUUUAUAACAACAAGCCAACUGUUGAUCUAUUAACACAGCUUUUUAAACUAUGGCGACAGUUCUGGGGACCAAGCUUUCAGUGUUUACUGAUCAACGGCUUAUCGAUUUGUUAGGUUAGUAGUUCAGGGAUGAUUGAUUUCUGAUCAGAAGAAAACAUGGUAUGCAUCAGUUCUGAUAUUAUCCCAUAUUUCACUAAAUGACUACUUCACUCACGAAACUAGUUUAUUUUUACCCUUGAGGUGUACUUACACUGUAAUAGAGUUUUUUUUAUUUGUUUCUAUUUAAUCCAUAUUUUGCAGAUUUAUCAUUUUAUUGAUUGUCCUAUUUGUGGCAUUAAGAUGGUAUCAGUUUCACUUGAAACUACUAAACGAGCCUGUAAACCUUUCUCCUGCCUUUCCUCCUGCCUUUUCAACAAAUGCCUUCAUUAUCAUCUCUUUAUGUCUUAUGUAUGUUCUUCUCAGAGGCCCAGCAUCACAUAUCAUUGACAUUAAUAUGUAGCUUUAAUUUGCCUUCCUCAAAGCUGUGUACAGUAAUGAAAGAAGUCUAAAUGGUAGGAGUAGUCUGCUUGGCAAGACAUUUUUAAAGGAAUACUCCAGUGUUUUUACCUGAUCUCUGUCUGCUUUACCUGUAGCAUGCAGUCAGUAACCAUGAACAGUGAUUCCUUGUGCUUGACAAAGGAACAGAAUAGACAUAAUUAGAAUGGAAUCCGUUUCACUUUGGUUUGUAUUGUAAGUGUUUUUUGAGUCAAAAGAGUUUCUGUUGUAUAAGCGUAGGGUACUGUCCAUGGUAAUCAGCUUCAUGCUACAGAUGAAUCAGACAGAGCUUAGGUUGAAAAAUAGUGUAGUAUUCAUUUCCCCCUAGGCUUUGUGGCUGUAUCUGAAAUAGGCUGGGGCAGCACUUUAAAGCGCUAUGUAUGCAGAGUAUAAACUGUGUUACUAGUCUGUGUUACUAGUGCUUUGCAAUAUCUCAAACACAUGGAGCACAUAUUUAAAUGAUAUUGAAAAUAAAAAAGACAUACAUUUUUGUGUAUAAAGUCAAAAUAUCCUAGUGUCAAAUCAAGUUGCAUUUCACCACGAUCAGCUUCCUGUCCUCCGAUUGCAUCAGCACCAAACAUCAGCCACAUAUUUACAUUGUAUUUCUAAAUUAAGUCACCACUGUUAUGGAAAAGAAGCUUGCAUUUCCGUAGUGGUAACUGUGUAAGAGAAGGAAAAGUCAGUAACACUUUACUUGAGCUUGACAUAACCAUGCCAUUAACAUGUCAUAGAAAAUAUCAUAUACUGUUAUGAGUUACCAUUACACCAGUACUCUCAUGACAUGUCAAAAUAUUAUGGCACACAGCAACAGUUAGCAAAUGACAUAAGCUGUCAUGACAUCCAGUAUUACGACAUUACUGGUAAAGGUAACAUAACACUGUUAUAUUGAUGAACAAAAUCGGUUAUAUCAGGCUAUGUUUGUGUCGUGAUUGUCAACGUUACAUAGCAGAGUUCAGGUGAAGCAUUACUGAAAGAUUUUUCUGAACCUUUUUGUGUGUUAAUGUAGUGAGAUUAUGUAUUGCAGCACUUUUAUUAAGUCAUUUUUGGGCAUUUCUCUUACCCUAUUUGUGCCCUCAUUCACACAGUGUCAAGAGUGUCUGGCAUUUAUAUAAUAAUAUCUCCCUUGCAUUGCCAGGUAUUUAGCAUUAAUGGCUGUGUGUAUGAUGCAUAUAAUUUGUAAGUGUAUGUGAUGCUGGAGCUCAUUUCCAAUAGUUUACACGUUUUUCCGUUUCGUCCUUCUAUUCUUUCCCAUUACCUCUGCUCAGUCCUCUGCCUUAUGCAGUUGGUUGCCAUUUUGACUUUUCAGUAUCUGUAUAUGCACGAUGGCAGUCCAACACAACUCUGAGCCACUACAGCAACUUUCACGUGUUUAAGGGGUGCCUUUUACUGAUGGAAUCCAGACUUUUAUCUGUGCAUCUUCCUCCUUCUUCUUCUAAUGCUACGUCCAGAUGUCUCUGUAAAAUGUUAAUCCUCCAUUGUGUUGAAUUCAGUUGGUCUGUUCAUGGUUUUUCUUUUGUUGUUUUUUUUUUUCCUUCAGGAAAUUGAGUGCAUGUGUUAGUACAUACUGUUCUAAUCUCUGAGCCACUGCAAGCUAUAAUAACUAACACAAGGAAGAAUGACAUGUAUGCAAAACAGGGCUAGAUAAAUCGAGACACUACAUACUUUUCCAUUAAUGUUGAGUAUGUGCUUUGUAACAGGCCCAGUUCAGCUUAUUGCAUGAAUGGUCCUAGCAAUGUAUACUCAAGCAUGUUUAGUCUCCUUUGUUUUUAAAUCCCCAUUGGUGGAAACUCCUGUUCACAUUUCAUGUUCAUUCUAAUCAGCCACAAUGGGGGAAAAAAAAAGUACAGAAUGUACAUGAUCCAGAUUUCCACAUCAGUAUAUUCAUUAUGCAAAAUCUAAAGAUAAAAUUGUGUUAAUCUAAUAACACAUGAAAAGUUUCAUUUCAAAAUCUUAAAUGCCACUUUUAUUCGUUCUCAUUUUUUAUUUAUUUAUUUUUUUAAGUACACAUUGCUGAUUUUGGCUUUACACAAAAUAAUCAAUCAUAAAUACAAUUUUUUGACUACGUUAUAUGUCAGCUGUUAUUCUAUUCAAAUCUCUUUUAGUUACAAGUGGAUAUACAGCAUUUUGGAAUGAAACGUCAUUUUAUUCAUGUGGAAGUGAUGCAUUUUUUUAAAUGUAGCUAAAUUCAGUGCAUCACUUUUUUCACUGCAUCUUAGUCAUACUUGAUGCAUGUUCAUAAAUCUGUAAACAUUGAAAGACUCAAUGUAAUUGAAUCAUUAACUCCUUGCUGAUCUUUUUAAAUAAUAAACCACUCCCUCUUUCACACAGUUAAGAAUACGAUAUUUAGUCUUCUCACAAUAUCACUACAUCAGUGUUUUGUGUUUACGUGUUGUUGAGGAAUCCAAGGCUUAUUUACGCCCGCCCUGUGGAAUGAACAGCUCAUUCCAAACAGCUCUGAAGUUUGUCAUGACACCAUUUCUCUUGAUCAUGUUUCAUUUCACCUUGAAUUUUUUUUUUUGUUAAUAAACCCUGAAUACUUAUCAAACAUG